UUUACAGCUGUGACAUGGGAGAUAUUAAGCAGUUUUUAUAUGCCUGGUUGGGCAAGCGCAAAGCAACACCAGGAUAUGAAUUCUCGCAGACUGGAUCAAAGCAUAAACCAAGGUUCAAGUGUGAGGUUAGGGCUGAAGGCUUUGAAUACAUAGCUGUUGGAAAUUCUACCAAUAAAAAAGAUGCACAGACAAAUGCUGCUAAGGACUUUGUGCAGUAUCUUGUACGACAAGGAUUAGUCCAGCAAGCUGAGGUCCCAGCACUUGAGAUGCCUUCAGUUGGACAGAAUGACUGUGAGCCAGGGACAUCUCAAGGUCCAGGGUUUGUUGGCCUUCCUGGAGGACUAAAUGCCCCUCAUCAGUCACUGGGACUAGAUGGAGGUGGAAAUGAAGGGGAAUAUGGACAGCAGCAACAGAGAGAAUUUGCACCUUAUCAAAGAGGGCCACCACUUAGUUACAUGGAGAGAAUCGCUGAGAAACGUAUUCUAGAGGAGUCAGAGGAUGUUGAUUUCAAUGCUGACAUUCAUGGAAACUGGACCCUGGAGAAUGCUAAAAGUCGCCUUCAUCAGUUCUUACAACAGAAUAAGAUCCAGACAGACUAUAAAUACAGUAUGGUAGGACCAGACCACAAUAGGAGCUUUAUUGCAGAAAUGAAGUUUUUUGUGAAUAAGAUACGUCAGAACAUUCAUGCCAGAGAACAUGGCUCCAACAAACAGGUAGCAUCCAAGUCCUGUGCUUUAUCCCUGGUGCGUCAGCUUUUCCACAUGGGGGUCAUCGAAUCCUUCACGGGUCAAACCAAGAAAAAGGAUCAGGACAAGUUGGAGUUGUAUGAAGUUUCUGUUCAUCCUGAAGCCUUGGCACAAGUGGACAAAGCUCUGCAGGAGUGGAAUAUUGAUUUUGUGCCACGGCCUGCAGAUCCGAAUCAGCCCCACUCCCUUUUGACACGAACCACGUUGGAAGAGUUUGAGCCACAGCCACGCAGAAACACAGCAGGGGUUGUACCAUGGUCCCCACCACAGGCUAACUGGAACCCCUGGUCUGCCUGCAACAUUGAUGAAGGGCCACUGGCAACUGCCACUAUGCCUCAGAUCAGUGAAGAUCUAUACAACAACCAGGAACAGUCCCGAGCACAUAACGAAAACCUUAAAGCGAUGAUGGAGGAGCGUGCUAUGUUACCAGUAUAUCAGUCCCAUGACCAUAUCCUGCAAACUAUUGAAGAAAAUUCAGUUACUUUGAUUCGUGGAGAAACAGGAUGUGGUAAAACAACACAGGUUCCUCAGUAUAUAUUGGAUAAGGCCAUUGAAAUGGGCACAGGAGCAGACUGCAAUAUUAUAAUCACUCAACCACGCAGAAUCUCAGCUGUUUCUAUUGCCGAGCGUGUUGCUCAGGAGCGUGGAGAGGAGUUGGGAAUCAGUGCUGGCUAUAGCGUGAGAUUUGAGUCAGUAUUCCCCAGGUUCUAUGGGUCAAUACUGUACUGCACUGUGGGUACAUUACUAAGAAGACUGGAGAAUGGUUUGAGGGGAAUCUCACAUGUGAUUGUGGAUGAAAUCCAUGAACGAGAUAUCAAUACUGACUUCCUUUUGGUAUUGUUGAGAGACAUGGUACAGGCAUAUCCCCAGCUUAGAGUCAUAUUGAUGUCAGCUACUGUGGACACCACUCUGUUUUCUGAGUACUUUGGUAAAUAUCAAGUGGUGGAAGUCUAUGGCAGAACUCAUCCUGUCCAAGAGUAUUACUUGGAGGACUGCAUACAGAUGCUUGGUUUCAUUCCACCCCCGAGUGAUAAAAAGAAGAAAAAGGACAGAGAGGAAAUGGGGGAAGAGGGGGAUCAAGAGGAAAACUGUAACUUGCUGGUAAACAAUGAGUAUUCAGAGCAGACAAGAAGAGCCAUGGCCAUGCUGAAUGAGAAAGAAAUGUCAUUUGAAUUAAUAGAGGCUCUCAUCCGAUACAUUAAAACUUUGAAAAUUCCUGGUGCCAUUUUGAUUUUCCUACCAGGAUGGAAUUUGAUAUUUGCUUUGCAUAGAUACCUAGAAACUCAUCCAGAGUUUGGUGGUCCUAUGUACAGAGCCCUGCCCCUCCACUCUCAGAUCCCCAGAGAGGACCAGAGACGAGUGUUUGAACCAGUCCCAGAGGGAGUCACAAAGAUUAUCCUGUCCACUAACAUUGCCGAGACAUCAGUCACCAUCAAUGAUGUUGUUUAUGUCAUUGACUCCUGCAAGGCCAAGAUGAAGUUGUUUACGUCCCACAACAACAUGACAAAUUAUGCAACAGUAUGGGCCUCAAAAACCAACCUGGAGCAGAGGAGAGGUCGGGCAGGUCGAGUCAGACCAGGCUUCUGUUUCCAUCUCUGUAGUCGAGCCAGGUUUGAAAGACUGGAUCAACACACCACCCCUGAGAUCUUCAGAACUCCACUCCAUGAAUUGGCCCUUGCUAUAAAGCUCUUGAGACUGGGUCCAAUCGGUUCUUUCCUGGCCAAAGCUGUAGAACCCCCUCCUAUUGAUGCUGUCAUUGAAGCAGAGGCUCUGCUUAAAGAAAUGCGAGCUCUGGAUAGCAAUGAUGAAUUAACUCCCCUUGGAAAGAUUUUGGCUCGACUCCCCAUUGAACCAAGGCUGGGCAAAAUGAUCAUCUAUGGCUGUAUAUUCUAUGUUGGGGAUGCCAUGUGCACAAUUGCAGCCAGCACAACAUUUCCUGAGCCUUUCAUCACCCCUACGGAUAGGAGACGUUUAGGUUGGGUCCACAAGUCACUAGCAGGUAGUCGCUUCAGUGACCAUGUGGCACUUCUCAAUGCAUUUAACCAGUGGGAAGAUGCAAGGGGAGGUGGAGAGCAGAAUGAGAUGUAUUUUUGUGACCAGAAGUCCCUCUCUAUGCAGACCCUGAGAAUGACGUACGAGGCCAAACGUCAGCUGUGUGAUAUCCUUAUCAAUGUUGGUUUUCCAGAGGAAUGUCUGACACCCCAGGUCUUCAAUUUCACUGGUCCAGACAGAAAUCUGGACAUGAUGAUAUCGUUGCUUUGUAUGGGUUUGUAUCCUAAUGUGUGUUAUCACAAGGAGAAACGCAAGGUUUUAACUACAGAGAGCAGAGCGGCCCUCGUACACAAAUCCUCCGUUAAUUGUUCCAAUAAAGAUGUCAAGUUUCCAUCUCCAUUCUUUGUAUUUGGUGAAAAGAUUCGUACACGAGCAGUUUCCUGUAAACAGAUGUCAAUGGUGUCCCCACUUCAGCUGUUGAUGUUUGCAGCAAGAAAUGUCAUGUUAGAAGAGGGCAACAUUACCCUAGAUAAAUGGAUCAACUUGCGUAUGGACUAUGAAGCUGCAGCCAAAAUUGUGGCCCUUCGUCCACCAUUGGAGGCCUUAAUUGUACGAAGCACGAAUAACCCUGAGGGGAUUCAGAACCCGGGGUCCCAGGAGGAGGCACUGAUGUCAGCCGUCAGGUCCCUGUCACGACCCAAUGCUGGGAAGUUUAACCUCAGUAGUGAGGACGAUAUUGGUGAGCCACCCCAUAAGGUGGCAAGGUUUGGUAGUGGCCCACCCAGGGGAGGAGGGUUUAGAGGAGGCUAUGGAGGAGGAAUGUCUAAUUUUGGAGCUGGAGGAGGAUAUAGGGGAUUCAGAGGAGGAAGGGGUGGAUUCAACAGGGGUGGUGGAGGAUUUGGAGGUGGACGUGGAUUUGGAGGAGGUGGACGUGGAUUUGGAGGAGGAGGGAGAGGAUUCGGAGGCGGGGGUUUCCAUGGUGGCAGAGGAGGCUUCAGAGGGGGUUAUUGAAAUAAAGAAAAUGACUGACUUGAAUAUUGUAUUUUUAGCAUUUAGUGACAUAUUUUGCAGCAAUCAAGACAUUAAUUUAUUGUUAGUAGUUUGACUGUGUGCAAUUUUAUUAGCAUGUAUUGUGUUACUGAUAUUUGAUUAUAUGUUUAAAAUGUACCUGUAGCUGCAAUAUUGAU